UCACCGGAAGUCUACAGAGAACCACACGCUAGAAUUCUACAAGCUAGUUUAGCUUGUUAAAUUUCGUAUUACUUUUAACUGCUAGCGUAAUUUUUCUCUAGAAAAACAUGCCCACCUUGAGUGGAAAAACUGAUGUUAUCUUUGAGGACGAUGAUCUGCCUUAUGAGGAGGAGAUUAUCAGGAAUCCUUACUCCGUGAAGUGCUGGAUGCGUUACAUUGAAUUCAAACAAAAUGGAUCGAAAUCCAUUCUCAACAUGAUAUAUGAGCGAGCUCUGAAGGAGUUGCCUGGCAGCUAUAAAUUGUGGUACAAUUAUCUGCGAGAGAGGCGGAAGCAAGUCAAAGGAAAAUGUAUCACUGAACCAACCUACGAGGAAGUCAACAAUUGUCAUGAGAGGGCGCUGGUAUUCAUGCAUAAGAUGCCUAGAAUAUGGCUUGAUUACUGCCAGUUCCUUGUGUCUCAGUGCAAGAUGACAAGGAGUCGGCGGACAUUUGAUCGUGCUCUCAGAGCUCUUCCUGUAACUCAGCACCCACGAAUCUGGCCUUUGUAUCUCCGCUUUGUCCGCAACCUGCCCCUGCCUGAAACAGCCAUCCGGGUGUACCGCAGGUACCUUAAGCUUUCUCCAGAGAAUGCCGAGGAGUACAUAGACUACUUGCGGGCUGCUGGCCGCUUGGAUGAAGCAGCUGUGCGACUAGCAGCUAUUGUAAAUGAUGAAAGUUUUGUGUCCAAAGAGGGCAAAUCUAACUAUCAACUCUGGCAUGAGCUGUGCGACCUGAUUUCCCAGAAUCCUGAUAAGGUGACCUCUCUAAAUGUUGGAGCGAUCAUACGAGGAGGUCUUACACGUUUCACAGAUCAACUCGGAAAACUUUGGUGCUCUAUGGCUGACUAUUACAUCAGGAGUGGACACUUUGAGAAAGCACGUGACGUGUAUGAGGAGGCCAUCCUCACAGUGGUAACAGUAAGGGAUUUCACACAGGUGUUUGAUAGUUAUGCCCAGUUUGAGGAAAGCAUGAUUGCUGCCAAGAUGGAAACAACUGCAGAGAUGGGGCAAGAUGAGGAAGAUGACGUAGACCUGGAGCUUAGACUGGCACGCUUUGAACAACUAAUAGCCCGGCGGCCCCUUCUUCUGAACAGUGUUCUGCUGAGACAAAACCCCCAUAAUGUCCAUGAGUGGCACAAGCGAGUAAAGCUGUAUGAGGGGAAUCCACGGCAGAUCAUCAAUACAUACACAGAGGCAGUACAGACUGUGGAUCCAAUGAAGGCCACUGGAAAGCCUCACUUUCUGUGGGUGUCCUUUGCUAAAUUCUAUGAAGACAAUGAGCAGCUGGAUGAUGCCAGGACGAUCUUUGAGAAGGCUACCAAGGUGAACUAUAAGCAGGUGGAUGACCUUGCUGCAGUGUGGUGUGAAUAUGGUGAGAUGGAGCUUCGCCAUGAGAACUAUGAACAGGCACUACGCAUCCUGAGGAAAGCUACAGCCAUCCCAUCCAAGAAAGCAGAGUACUUUGAUGCAUCUGAACCUGUCCAAAACAGAGUCUACAAGUCCUUGAAGGUCUGGUCUAUGCUGGCUGACCUGGAGGAAAGUCUUGGCACCUUCCAGUCUACAAAAGCAGUAUAUGACCGCAUCAUUGAUCUCCGCAUCGCCACUCCACAGAUCAUCAUCAAUUAUGCCAUGUUCCUAGAAGAGCACAACUACUUUGAGGAAAGCUUUAAAGCAUAUGAGCGAGGUAUUGCUCUUUUUAGGUGGCCUAAUGUUUAUGACAUCUGGAACACUUACCUCACCAAGUUCAUUGAUCGUUACGGGGGCAAAAAGCUGGAGAGAGCCAGAGAUUUAUUUGAACAAGCCCUGGAUGGUUGCCCUGCCAAGUUUGCAAAGACCAUUUAUCUGUUGUAUGCCAAGCUGGAGGAAGAGUAUGGCUUGGCGCGACAUGCCAUGGCUGUCUAUGAAAGAGCAACACAGGCAGUGGAAACAGAAGAGAGACUUCAUAUGUUCAAUAUCUACAUCAAAAGAGCAGCUGAAAUUUAUGGCGUUACAUAUACCAGAGCCAUUUAUCAAAAGGCCAUUGAGGUCCUUCCUGAUGAGCAUGCAAGGGACAUGUGUCUUCGUUUCUCUGACAUGGAGAGUAAACUGGGUGAGAUCGAUCGCGCCAGAGCGAUCUACUCCUACUGUUCCCAGAUCUGUGAUCCAAGGGUGACAGCUAAUUUCUGGCAGACCUGGAAAGAAUUUGAGAUCCGCCAUGGAAACGAGGAUACUAUUAGAGAGAUGCUGAGGAUCAAACGCAGUGUACAGGCUACCUACAACACCCAGGUCAAUUUUAUGUCCUCUCAAAUGCUGAAGGCUACAACAAGCUCCACAGGGACUGUGUCAGAUCUUGCUCCAGGUCAGAUGGGACUCGAUGACAUGAAGAUGUUGGAGCAGAAAGCGCAGCAACUCGCUGCAGAGGCUGAGCAGGACAAACCCAAACCCAAGGAGAAGAUUCUCUUUGUUAGGAGUGACACUUCUCGCAGUCAGUUGGCUGAGCUUUCUAAACAAGCCAAUCCUGAUGAGAUCAACAUAGAUGAUGAUGAUGAGGAAAAUGAUGAUGAAGACCAAGGACCUGAGGAGGUCCAGCUCGAGCAGAAGAGUGUCCCGACGGCUGUCUUUGGAGGCCUUAAAGAUGAUUGAAGGAUGACUCACAAUUUUGCUCAAACGCAGGCUUUUGAUUUCUUUUUUCACCUUUCAGUAGAUGCAUCUUUAAACUGAAUAUGUUUUUGUUCUAUCCUUUUUUUUAGAACGAUGUAAAACCUAUAGAUUUUUGUAGUUCAGUAAAUAAGCACAUACAUGUUUUGGCCACAUGGUGUCAGUCUUUUUCAAGUAUGACUCUCACGGCAUCUGUUCCAUCAAACAUUUUUGUUUUACAUCUGAAAUACUAAUCUAUGACAUAGCUUUAACUUAAGUGUGAUGUUGACUUUGUUUUGCAGCAAUUUUCUAUAAAGCAAAGUAAAUGUACAAAUAUUUUCAGAUACUUUCUCUGAUGGGCAGCUCUGCCCAACAAAACAUAUGGGUGGAGCUUAGUUUCUUCAGCAGGGAGCAAUCAUUUCAAAGUGAAGUUGACCAUUUAAGCCUCACAUUUUUGGCUUAAGUUUCACAAGUAGGUGGUUGGCUUGAAAAGCCUAGAGUUUCCAAAGUUUUAUAUCCUCCAGACUAAGGUCAGUUUUGAUAUGUUACAAGUACAGUCACUUAGUAGUAGUUGUCAUCAACAGGUUGAGUACAUUUGGAAGAAAAAAAACCUACUAGCUGGUUUUGUAAUAAUUGCAGGCUUGCUUUGGUCAGUGAUCAUUAUGUUUGUGUGUAUUAUUGAUAUAAAAAUGUGGCUGAUUCUCUGCCACUGUUUGUGAAUACACCAGCAGAUGUGAUAAACUUGUGCAUCCAAAUCAUGGAAACUUUCUUCCCUUGGUUUACAAAUUCAUUUGUUCCAUUUGUUUAAACAUUUACACAUGACACUGCUUUAGAAUAAAAGUCACACAGAUUAUC